AAUUUGAAAAACUAGGUGCGGCAGGAGCUAAUUUACACCAGCAGGGGGCAGCACUGAGACACCUCAAAACAUAAUUAAAGAGUGUUUGCGCAUAUGCCUGAUCAAAAUCCAGCACAGAUCUAUAAAUAAAUGAAUUCCAGACGAAGAGCGAGACUCCGCUUCCCUGUAACGCCACUAUAGAUCCAGUAUGGCAGAAAUGUACGCGAUUAGAUUGUGAGUUCGUCUGUUUGGCCCAGUUUAACCAUGACACCAUGGAGAAAGUGGAUUAUGUUCAGCACUGAAAGUCUGCUUUUAGAGGAUAAACUGCAGAGGUUAAGCUCGUAGCCUGGAAGCCUCAGGAUGCUUCUUAUAGAAACCAUAUAACUGAUUGUGUAUGAUGCUAGUUGUGGAGGGAUUUAUAUCUCAUCAGGGAAACAUCUGAGAGCUGACCUUUACUUGAAGUAUAUUUAGAGAAGUGGGCUUACUAACAACCUCAAGCUGGAGGAACACAUCAAUCAGAGAUGGAGAGCCGGGACUGUGAAACACAAUCCCGCUUUGUGGAGUUUGUGAAGAAAGAAACUGAAGCUGCAAAGUCUGCAGAAAAUAAGACAGGGUGUCACAGAGCAGCAUCUUAAGGAGCGGCCAGCAGGGAUUCACUUUUUGCUUGAUGCUGUAGCCAGAUGCAGUCGAUCUGCAAAAAUCACAUCACUCUAACAGGAACCUGACGAUCACAGCAUCCAGGGGCUUAAAGUAUACGUGUUUCCUGGACAGCAGCUGUUGGGGGUUAAAGAAGAAGUUUGCCAUCACUGGACUUCUAGUUUGGACCUGCACCCCUCAAAGCAUAUGAAGGAGGAAGUUACAUGUAAGCCUGCUGUGAAAAAGGAAAAAGAAGAGCAGUUUUCAGAGUGUAGUCGCAUCAAAGCUGAAGACAAAAAGAAGGAAACUCCAACAUGCAGCUUAGCUGAACUGAAGGAAUCAGAACCUGCUGGAGAGUUCUCCCAAAGACCAGAACCAGGCAAGGGGGAUCCCGGUGCUAUGUGUUCUUUUCUAGAAAGUGAAACGCCAGUUCACCAAACAGUUAAUCCAGUGGAGCAGAUGCAGGGAAUGAAACUACAAGUUCCUCAUGACUUGAGCUCCAGUGUAAACCAAGAGGAUGUGCAACCCCCCCAGAUAAAGGAAGAAGAUGAAGAACUGUGGAUCGGUGAAGAGGGAGAGCAGCUUAUUGUGAAGAUUGUAGAUGAUGAAAAACUAAAUCAUAUCAAACCCGAAGACAGCAAAGAGGCGGGUGCUCCAAACAGAAUCUCAGCUGUGCGGAUAAAAAAAGACCCGGAUGGAGACUGUGGAAGGGCAGAACCAAACCCUCAACCACAUGAGCAUCGACAAUCAAAACAUGCAUCAGACUCGUCUAAUGCUGACGUCAGUGGUGAGGGUGACAGCUGUGUGGCACGGCGAUCAGUAGUGAGGUCUGCUGGCUCUUCAGCUGAAAAGAAACGGCCCAGAAAGAGGAAAAACACUGACACUCAAACUGAGGCUAAAGCUGAGAAGAAAUCAUUUGCUUGUGAAGAUUGUGGUAAAACAUUUCCCUUUCGGUGUCAUCUCAAAUCUCACAUGAGACUCCACACCGGAGAGAAACCAUUUGCUUGUGCUGAUUGUGGUAAAACCUUUUACCAGCAAUAUCAACUCAAUUGUCACAUGACGGUCCACACCGGAGAGAAACCAUUUGCUUGUGAUUUUUGUGGUAAAACAUUUCCCUACAAGUGUCAUCUCAAAUCUCACUUGAGACUCCAUACUGGAGAGAGACCAUUUGCCUGUGGUAAUUGUGGUAAAGCUUUCACAGAGCUGAAGGACUUAAAACGGCACAUGAGAUGCCACACGGGAGAGAAACCGUUUCAGUGUGAGGUAUGCUCUAAGAAAUUUAGUCUUAAGGGAGCUCUGAAGCGACACAUGAUGAUUCAUAAUGGAGAGAAACCAUUUCCAUGCACAGAUUGUGACAGACACUUUAGAUUUAAUGCUGAUCUUCAAGCGCACAUGUUGACCCAUUUAGGCCUAAAACCAUUUGCUUGCGCUUAUUGUAAUGCAAAAUUUACCCGAAAAGGAAGUCUACUUCUGCAUGUCAGACACCACACUGGGGAGAACCUGCUUACCUGUGAAAUCUGUGAGGAGAAAUUUGUCAGAAAAUGUGAUCUCGACAACCAUAUGCCGGUUCAUUCGAGAGCACAGAGGGUCCCAACAGGAAAUGAAAAUUUUGCUUGUGAGGAAUGUGGGAAAAGAUUUGUUGAAAAGUCCCGUCUCACGAGACACAUGAUCACCCACACAGGAGAGAAACCUUUCAGUUGUGACGUUUGCUCUGUUAGGUUCUCACGACAAGAACAUGUGAAGAGGCACAAACUGACACGCCACAGUAUGAUACGAAAACGCGAAGAGGCCAAAAAUUACACAGGAACACAGGAAGUGACGCAAAAAUUCACAGAAGCCUAUGAGGAGGCACAAUCUUACACAGGAACCUUUGAAGAGGCACAAAAUUACACAAAAAUAUGUCAAGACACAGAAAAUGAUGCAGAAGUGCAUGAUGAGACACAAAAUGACAUGCCACAAUACAUAAACAUAUGACAACACAAAAUGGCACACAGGUACAAAAUAGACACAAACACAUUAAGAGGCACAAAACCACACACAAUUACAUCACUGCACACCAGGAAACCCAAGAUUAAACCUACAAAAAAUGCUUAAGAUACAAAAGAAGACACAACAUGACAGCAGAAUACAAAAUGUGACAAAACACAAAAAUGCACAGAGAUAAAAUAACAUGUGAAGACACCAAAGUGAUGAAGUGACACAAAAUGACAGGAACUGGAAAAUUCCACAGGAAUGUAUUAGACACAAUGUAACAGGAUCACCAGGGAAAGAGACUGAAUGACACAAGAAUACAUGAAGAGAGACAAAAUGUCACAUUAACACACUAAGAGAAAGAAAAUUACACAGAAACAUGUGAAGAUAGAGCGAAUGAAGAAACACUACAACGCCUGAAAGGAGAUAAAAGAAUAAUAUUAGAGCAUAUAUCAAGAACAAAAUGCAUGAAGAGACAUAAGAUGACUGAUCACCACACGGAAAGAAAUGAAAAAUACGACAUGACAAGAAAUUCAAACUUCUCAGUUCCAGAGAUUCAGAUGGAAAUACUCCAUGUUUGGUUGUAUUUAUUUUAUUAAAACUUUAAUGAUAUUAAAAAUAAACAUAUUUCUGUUGAAAAGUGAAUGCUGGCCGAACAGAAAGCUGCAUGACGAAGCUCCUUGAUGAUCAACAGGGUAACAUCUCUGUUUCUGUCUGUGCCUGUCGGCUUUUUUAAUGCUGUGCUGACACCUGCGUUGUAACGUGUUUUAACCUCUUAAAGUUUUCCUUUAAGACUGAAUUGUGUUUGUAUUAUUAUUUCUAUUGUUUAAUAUGUAAAAUAUUUGGUAAGUAGAAAUGGUUAACAAUUUCUUUUUAAAUGCUUAAAGAAUUGGCUAAUAUAUCAUCAAACAUGAAAUUAUAAACCUAAACCAAAUGUUCUCUUUUGAAGAGUAAAUUUGGCUGAUAAUUUAUUGCUAUUAUGUUUUCGUCAAUAUUUAUUACGUUUUAGUUUAUAUGUUUGCUUGCUUGAAUGGUUGUUUUUUUCAUAACCAGGUACACAACUAACUAAGACUGAACUCUGUUGGUCCUUUGUCUAAUUUUCCUAAUUAUGUUUUCAACUACAGUUGUUAUUACAUUUAGUCGGAAAUUUAAUUUCAGUCCAUAGAUUUAUCUCAUGUCUUUCUUGCAACAUUACAGUGUAUAGUACACCUACUUUGAAAGCUGAAUUUCGCUGGUAACCUUAAACAUUAUUUAGUAAUAUUUAUUUAAGCCAGUUUAUGCUGUUUUUGUUAGAUUGAGCUGAUGUCUGUUGUCCAACAUUUAACCUAUAAACCACAAUUCACCAAAUCAUGAAAAGGAUUUAUUUUUCAAAUUAGAAAUUAUAAUUAGAAUAGGAGUGUUGAGUUCUGUAGCUUGGACAUGUGCAUAUUUGUAAUUUUAGCUCUAAUAACUUGGUUUCGGUCUAGUUUGUCCUCUUUGAGCUCAACUUCUGGGGACAAUUCUUGUUUGUUCCUUGGAUUGAACAAUGGUAAUAAUUCUAAAUUGCACUUGUUAAGCUAUUGUUUCUGUGCCUUCAGUUAAUUGACUUAUUCUUGACUUUCAGAAUAGGUUUGAGAGGAGCUCUUUCCUCAAACCUUCAUUCAAUAGAUUGAUCUCAAAGAACAAAUUGACAAGGGCAACAUUUCUGAGCAGUCAUGUAUCUUCUCUUAAACUAGAAGCUAAUAUCUCAUUAAUUCUAGGUCAACACAGGCUUUUUGUUAUUUAACUAAAGACUAAUACCACUGAUGUGCCUUAGGUUUUACUUCUGCAUAAGUCUUAGUUUUUUGUGGAGCUUUCAUCUUAAUCCAAUGAGCUCUGUGAUUAUUUUCUGAUACCGCACUGAAUCUGUUUUCGUCUCUUUUUGACCAUUUUGAAGUAGCCUGUAAGACCCUAUGUAGCCAGUAUCUCUGACCUGGUUCAUCUGUUUAAAUCUGGUAUGUGUUCCUCUUUGUCUGAGCAUAUUAAACCUCUGAAGAAAA